AUGCAUACGGUUUUGACCCGGGGAAACGCCACCGUGGCGUAUACGCUGAGCGUCCUAGCCUGCCUCACCUUCAGUUGCUUCCUGUCCACCGUCUUUCUCGACUACCGCACCGACGCCUCAAUUAACACGGUCCGGGUGCUGGUGAAGAAUGUGCCGGAUUAUGGAGCUUCCCGCGAGAAACACGAUCUGGGCUACGUCACCUUUGAUUUGCAGACGAACCUGACCGACGUGUUCAACUGGAACGUGAAGCAGCUGUUCCUGUAUCUGACCGCCGAGUACAAGACGCCGGCCAACCAGCUCAACCAGGUGGUGCUCUGGGACAAGAUCAUCCUUCGCGGCGACAACGCCGUUCUGGACUUCAAAAACAUGAACACCAAGUACUACUUCUGGGACGACGGCAACGGUCUUAAGGAUAACCGGAACGUGUCCCUCUACCUCUCAUGGAACAUCAUUCCCAAUGCUGGCCUCCUCCCCUCAGUCCAGGCCACCGGCAAGCACAUCUUCAAAUUCCCGGCCGAUUACGCCACCUCGUCCAUCUAGGGUUAAAGUUAGUGAAGCGAAUCAACAGAUACUGAUAGGAAUCCCAUACUUAGUGGAUAUCAAAUAAAAUUGAAACCAAAAAUAAAAAGUUUCAUUUUCCUUUUAAGAUCA